AUGUUGCUCUCGUGCUUCCCGGAGCUGUACUUCAACGUAGACAGCGGCUACCUGGAAGGCCUGGUGCGAGGCUUCAAGGCCGGCGUCCUCAGCCAGGCCGACUAUGUCAACCUCGUCCAGUGCGAGAGCCUCGAAGGUCAGCUGGGGAGGGGGAGGUGUUCCUGAGCAUGUGCAGAGGGCGAGGCGCCUAGCGCGACUUUUCCUCGGGGAUCCGCUCCGGGCCCUUCUUAGCUAGCCGCCCACACCACGGGCCGCUACCUGCUCCUUGCCCCGCCGCCAUUCCUGGUAGGUUUCGGUUGGCCUGGUCGCGCUUCAUCCUCAGGGCGGCCGCUUCUUCAGUCAGGAGACUGGCCGAGCCUGGAGCAGAAGCGGGGGCGAGCGGGGGCGGGGGCGGGGGCGCGUUGGAGGUGACUUGCUUCAGCUGCAAGUUGUUUUGCUUGAUUUCCUUGUGGUGGCGUUGUAUGAGGAAGUUCUUUGAUUCACCAGAUUUAAAAAAUAGCUCUAUCCUUGCUGAGGUUCCUGCCAUGAAGGACUUUAAAGGUAAACGCACACACUUUGAGUGGAACCUGGAAGCAGGUGAAGGUGCUGGGGUAUUGGUGAAAGAGGUUUGUAACACCCAUCUUAAUACUGAUGAUGCGGCAGUCCCAAGUCCCCAGGUGACUUCAUUCAGUCAUGUCACCUAAUUAAGCAAUGUGGGGUAAGGAGAGAGAACCCUCCUGGACCCCAAAGCAUAGAUGCUAUGAAAUGACUGCCUAGGUCCAAGUGGAAAGACAGGAAAACAGUGCUGCCAACUCCAAACUUAUAUAUGGUCACAUGGUCAUUGCUUUCAAAAGCCACAGAAAACUGCCGGAACGAACAGAGUCAUGCUUCCCCUGAAAACACACACAACUUGUGAUGCUUUAAAGGCUGACAUGUUUAUUGCAGCAGAAAGUUUCUGUAGAAUUAGAGCCUCAUAAGUUCAAAGGUAGCAUCAAGCACAGUCACCAGCUUCUGCUCUUGUGAAUAGUAACUGCACUUGCAUUAAGAUUCUGCAUCCCCCCUCCUUUUCCCCCACUUAAAGAUUUUUGGGCCGCACAUCUUUGGAUAGCACACUAUAGAAAUACUUUGGGGGGGGGGGUCUUUAUGAUAUCAGCACGCACUCUUGUGUUUGUAAUGUAACAUGUCUGUCUCUCUGGAAUUUGUCAUCAGUGAGUGUUUUUGCAAGAUAAUCAAGAACAAGCUUUGUCAAAUUUUUAAAUGAAGGGAAUUCCCAGAUUGCAGGGCAGCUGUCAAGAGCCCUGCAAGUGGGAACUGACACCAAAGUGCGUUUCAGACUUUAAGGGCUGGAGCAAGUCUUCUUGGGGCUCUGAGCAAAAUCCCAAAUUCCUUUAUGGAAAGGGAGUCAUAGGAAGCCUUGUCACAUUUCUAAGGCCAAAGGCUUUGGCUCAUUCACUUAAAUGUUAGCUCCAUUCGGUUCAUAAUUCCUAAUGAAUUAUGAACCCAAUUUCUUUCCAAGUAAGUCUGCUUUAGGACUGAAGUUUUAGAAGUAAUGGUAAUGUAAGCUGGGGAAAUAAGUAGCAAAACAUUCAACAUUUCUUCACGUGAGUUGAACAUCCUUUUAUCAUAUGUUAAAUUUCGUGCUGCGUUUUCCAGAUUGUCUUGGCAGCUUUUUCAGUUGAGUUCAGAGAAUGUUUUGCAGGAUGAAACUGUUUCUUCAUUAAUAUUCUUUUAUUUUACCAUUAAUAUUAUUUUAUUUACUGCUCAAUUGUGGCUAAAAUUCAAAGUGAUUUGCCAAAAAUACUAAAAUUAUCAAUAAAAACUAUUUAAAAAAUCAAAAUUAACAGUAAAAGAGGUUAAAACACAUCAGCAUGUCUGGAUAAGCUAGUCUAAAGAAAAAUGUUUUUAGCAGGCACAGAAAAGAGUACAGCAAAUACACCUUCUUGAUAUCAGUAGGCAGCAAGUUCCAAAUUUUAGGUGCUGCUGCACUAAAAAAAGUGAUUUUUUACAAAUGUGGAAUGGAUAUUAUGUGGCACCUGUAAUAGUGUCAAUUCCACAAUUGACAUAUUGUCAGUUGGGCAUAUAUGAGUAAGGUGAUCUGGUAGGUAAGCUAGUUACAAGGCGUUAAGGCAACUCCCAAUUUAUGUGGGGGUUACGUUCCAAGGCACCGUACGUUUAAGUGAAAUCAUGUAUAUUUCCUACAGCAUUGAAAAAGCCUGCAAACACCCAUCCUGCCCCUGUUCUGUUCCUCCCCGUUUUGUUAUCGUUUCUGGGUUCAGCGCAGUUGCGCACCUAUCAAACAUUCCUAAACUGGUUCCUGCCGGUAUCCUAAUAGUAACCCCUUGAACUUGGCUCAGUAGCAAAUUGGUAACCAGUGUAGAUCUCUAAGCUUAUCCCACACAUAAAGUACUCAACAAAUGUAGGCUGCAGGACUAGACACACUUACCUGAGAGUAAGUCUCAUUGAACUUGGGAGGGCUUAUGUCUGAGUAAACAUCCAUGUGGUCACACCGCCUGGCACAUGGAGAAUAAUAUUGACAGGAGUUCCUUCAUUUUCUCUUUUGUGAGGGUAAUCGGCUGACACACUGUGGAGAUUGCAAGAGGUGGAGAUGUAAAAGAGCCCUGGGCUGCUGAAUGAACAAGCUACAAUAGACUCAAUUCAUACCAAUUGAUUAAAAAAGACCACCUCAUUUAUUAAUAAUACUUACUUGCUGCUUUUCCAGCAAAAAUUCUCUAAGCAGUUUGAGUAGUAAAAUUGGGCAGCUGCAGCAUCCCCUGUGCUCUUCCUUGAGUCCUUCAUAGCUUGGUAGUGCCUGUCUCUCCUGGCUCUUUGAGCUCUCAAUGGAAGAGGCUGUUCAAGGUGCUGGGUGUGUGUGUAAAGUCCUCUUGCCACUCCUCUGGAUAAGUCCCCCUGCCCUGGAAGUGGGUCAUUAAGUAUUGGGCCCCAGGUGACACAAUCUGUUAGUGUCCAAAGGAGGAUGAGUUUCGUCUCAUUUGGGCAAUGGUAUUGAUGUCUCCUUGGCUUUACAGGAUGAACUGACAGUGCUAGUGAUUACAUAUGUUUUUACUCAUUAGUCUAGGUUAAAGGUAAAGGUACCCCUGCCCGUACGGGCCAGUCUUGCCAGACUCUAGGGUUGUGCGCUCAUCUCACUCUAUAGGCCGGGAGCCAGCGCUGUCCGCAGACACUUCCGGGUCACGUGGACAGCAUGACGAAGCUACUCUGGCGAGCCAGAGCCGCACACGGAAACGCCGUUUACCUUCCCGCUGGUAAGCGGUCCCUAUUUAUCUACUUGCACCCGGGGGUGCUUUUGAACUGCUAGGUUGGCAGGCGCUGGGACCGAGCAGCGGGAGCGCACCCCGCCGCGGGGAUUUGAACCGCCGACCAUGCGAUCGGCAAGUCCUAUGCGCUGAGGUUCAACCCACAGCGCCACCCGCGUCCCAAGUCUAGGUUAUUACUAACUAAUUAAAAUAAUUUAUAUAUCUCCUUUCCUUUCCAGAAGAAAUACUGAGGCGGUUUACAAACUGAUAAAAGCCGAUGACAAAACAGCAAGAAUUUGGUUAUAAAACCAGUUAUAAAAUACAGCUCCCUGUAUAUAUAAACAUACACAUAUAUAAACAUCCAUGGAAACAGAACAAAAAGUUGGGAGAUUCAAGUUAGGGAGCUGCUUGUCUAGAUGAUGUGUCUCAAAGCUUCAGCUCGAAAUGUUAAGCAGAGCUCUUCUAAUAGCAAUCCUGCCUAUUUGCUACCAGGCCAAUUCAAGAUGCUUGAAUGGAAUGAUCCUACAAAUUCCUAAAAGGGGUUGCUUGAAGGAGGAAGAUCCAAUUUCCUGUCUUUUUUCUAGCCAUGUCUUUAUACAGUGGAUGUGAAUGGGAUCCGUUCUGGAGCCUCGCACGCAUCCAGAAGCUAACGCAACCCGCGUCUGCGCGUGCACAGAUCCCAAUUUGCCGCUUCUGCACAUGCGUGUGACAUCAUUUUGACCGUCUGCGCAUGUUCAAGCGGUGAAACCUGGAAGUAAUGCACUCUGUUACUUCCGGGUCGCCGCAGCACGCAACCCGAAAAUACUUAUACCGAAGCUACUUCAGCCUGAGGUAUGACUGUAAUUGGCAGGGGAAGGAGCCCCGUUUAGCCCAUUGGCAUGGCUUGUUGCACAAUGACAGGGCUUCCUCUUUCAUGGCCCACCCAACUAUGGAACUUCCACCCUUUGUAAGUUAGGGGGUGUUUCCUUUGGUGUUUACUGAAGACACAUCACUUCACACAAGCAUUUGAGGAGAUGUUUAUGUAUUCAUUUUAGGCAUUUUAAUUACUCUUACGUUGAUUCUUUGUUUUGUUUUGCAGUGCCUUGCUUGAAGGGCAGUCUAGAAAUGUAAUAAAUACAUGACACUGAAUGACAGUUCUGGCAGUCAGGGGAAGGGUAGGUUGAGACUAGAGGUUUAAAACCAUUCCAGAGGUUUCUUCUCUUCCAGUAGUUCUGCACAUCUUUGCUUGUGUUCUUAAUUUCCCUGCUUGCUGGGAUCAGCCUCUUGUAAUUCCUCACUACCACCAUGAGGUGGUGCCCCAGACCUCUGCCUGGCUUUUCUUUCCUGUCUGACUUUGCAGUGUGUUAUAGCAGGCAUGGCCAAACUUGGCCCUCCAGCUGUUUUGGGACUACAGUUCCCAUCAUCCCUGACCACUGGUCCUGUUAGCUAGGGAUGAUGGGAGUUGUAGUCCCAAAACAGCUGGAGGGCCAAGUUUGGCCAUGCCUAUGUUAUUGGGGGGGAGGGUGUUCCCUGCAUUUAUGGCCCUGUUGGCCGCCAUAAGAGCCAUUUCUUUGUCAGAAACUUUCCAUUUGAAUCUGCCUGCCUUUGAGUAUAUGGUUCCAGUUUGCCAGAACCAAAUAUAUGAAAACUUGUGUGCUGUUAAGCAUGUCUGCUGGUUUGCAGAAUCUUCAUUGUUUUCCAGGAAGCUGUAUGAGAGUGUUUGAGAGUCUGCUUAUUGAAUGCUCUUGCCCUUUCCCAUGGCCUGCUAUGCUGUUUUGACCUGGAUGUUCCUUGGCAUUUGUUGGGACAGCCAUGCGCCUUAUUCUAUCUAGUGCAGCAUCAUGUUCCCUCUUGCUGCGUGACUCUUAGAAGCUUGUAAGCAGCAACUCUCCCCUCCUGUUUGGCCCCAGCACCUGACCUUUGGGGGCUAUAAUGCCUUUGAACAUGGUGGUUCCAUGCUAUUUAUUUACCAUAGGGUUGUGGGCUCAUGUCUGCCUGGAAAACAUUUGACCCCUAAUAUGUGGGGGCUCUGUAGUUAUUUAGUGGGAUGGAGAUGGACUGUGGGAUCAGUUUGAAGGACUCAGACUCUGUAUGGUCCGCAGCUGCUGUUUACUGCGUUUCUGAGCUGUUCUUCCUCCAAAGGACAAAAUGCCCCUGCAAACUGCCUGGCCUCCUCCCCUGUGAAUUGGAUUAAGUUGCAAGACAUGAACUAGCCGAAGGCCACCCAGUGAGCCUCAUGAUUGAUUGGAACCUGGAUCUCCUAGAUGUAAUCCAGCACUAGCCUCUGCACCACACCAACACUGAACAGUGGUUCUGGGGCUGAGCCAAGGCAGAAGUGAAGGAGUCGUCAAUCUUUGGGGGCCCAUUUUGAAUGCUGAGAGUAUGCCGUGAGCACUAACAGCCACAUCUGGUUGGCUCUCUCCCUUCCCCCUCCCACCUCUACCGGCAAAGAACACACAACUUUGCUUUUCCAUGUAAUCUGGGUAAAAGUCAGAUCCAGUAGAAUUAAAAUGGAUCCUCUUGAAUUUGUAGCUUUUUCCCCUUCACCCACCCCCAUCAAAUUAAAGUUUCUUCAGAGGUGGGGAACAUAUGACAGUGGAUUAUGCUGCCCUCUUGUGCUCCCCAAAGGAAAUGCAUGCCUUUGCUCAUUUGCUUGACCUAGAGCACUCCCCAGUAAGUCUAUGGAUUCCUCAGGAUUGUGCUAUGCUCUUUGACUGUUUGUAUGAGUGUGUGUGUGUGUGAGGCAGAUUUGAUCUUUGCUCUGUGUUUCAUGUUCGCCAUAAGGUUUCCCCUGGUUCCACUAAAUUUGCCCUCUCCUGCUUCAUAAUUAUCCUUAGUGCUCCUGGUCUGCUUGGAGUUUCAGUUAAAACACCAGUCACUUGGUUUUGUUACUAACAGCUUCCUCUCGUAACUCAGUGUGCUUAUUUGCUGUGUCUUUGUGCUUAAACAGGGAAAAAGAAGUGUUCAGUUUUUCAGUGCCUGAAUCCUUGUGGGUCCUCAUGAUUUUUAAAGAGAAUGACAACAAUACCCUCGAGAUUGCAGAAUACAUCUGGAUGCAGAGGGUGACCUAUGAUUUGAUUAAGAUUUUGAGUGGAUACCUUGUAAACAUUGAAGAUCUAUCAGGAUCUGUACAUCAGUCAUGGUUUUGCACCACAGCAGUAAUAGAAAGCACCAGAUUCAUUAGUCAGUGGAGAGAAAUGUUUGUGAUUUGAUAGUGGAAACCUGUGGAAAAAUUAUGCCGUUUCAAAAGAUCAUCUUUUCCAAAGUGUGUACAUGCCUGUGUGCAGGCACCUUCUAUCUGCCCUCUAACACUCUCCCCUCAAUUCUCUCUCCUCACUCACUCAUACACCACACAACUCUUCCUCCAUUAUCUCCCUUGAUUUCUGUGGCAUCUCACUUUCUCCCCCCCCCCCCCGACCCUCUGUUUUCCUGCCAUGAAUCUCCCUUUCCCUUUUGCUCUUACCAUCUUGUUCCUUCUGCUUUUUGUUCACGUGCUGUGCUGUUCUGAGCCUUGAAAAGCACAUAGAGCUGAAGGAGGAAGUGGGAAGGAGAAUGAGUCUUCCAACUUCCUCCUUCAGCUCUAAGUGCUUUUCAAGGCUCAGAACAGCAUGUGAACCAAAAAAGCAGAUACUAUCACUUCAAGGUAUCCACUGUAGCACCCUUAGUGGCUGGCUUGUUUGACAGCUAGGUAUAGGGCAGGACACAUUUAAAGGGCCGCUUCCUAAAGCAACGGUGUGGCUUUUCGAACAUUAGUGUUUGGUUUAUGUUUUCUGUGUUUGGGAAUGUGUUUAAUGCACUUACAUACAUGCAUUUAUUUUAUGGAACCUCAGUUUUCUUAUUUCACAGUCAGAUAGAAAUGGAUGCUCAACUGCCCAGCUCUUGUGCACUUCCAGUGAUUUCUUGUUAAAAAGUGCAUGCAGACAGGUACAGAAAUACCUACCUCCAUGGCCCAGAUGGAGAUUGAGGAAUGACUGAAGGGAGGGGCCAGAAAACACAACAUAAAAUAAUUUAGUCAUACUUUGACCACUGAAAUGGAUGGGAAAACUGAGCUAUUCCUAUGAAAAGCAUAAGACUAAAAGCAGAGUAUGUAGAUGAUCAGCUGUCAGUUGUGCACACCAACAAAUCAGGUCUAACCAACAACCCCAUGUUGGUUUCUCAUUUGUCCCCAUGUUUCUCAUUUGUUUGGUCAAACUGCAGCUGCUGCCCAUAUUUGGAGACUUUGCUGUGUCCCUUAAAGGCGCCUCUUCUAGAGAGCAAGCUUGAAGAUUGCAUCCUUGUCUGCCCUCAGGCUUGGCCCAUCAUUGCUGGGCCUUUCUGUCCUUGGAACAGCCCGAAAUCCAUUAACCUUUGAAAAAAGUCAGAUUAGCAUUGCAGAUGAAUAGAAGCCAUGAAGACAGGCAGCCAAAGGGGGAGGAUCUUCUUAAAGAGGGAUGGCCAGCCACUCUGUGCUCCUUGGGAGAAGGGUUGUCAUGCUUGCUGACAGUCUGAUUCUGUAAUAAAACCAGUGAGGUAUAGCGAUGUGGGCUUUGUCAUUACGGAACGUGGAAUUCCCAGGGCAUUUGGCAUGCAGAUGUCACCUUUGCACAUGACUACCAUCUCAUGCAACUAUAAAGCAAUUUAACUUCUUUAUAAGUAGAAAUGUGGGCAAACUUUUCACCACAUCUUUGUAAAAUUUGGUAGACCAUUGGAAGCCAGAUAAAAAUUGCUUUUGGGCUGGAUCUGGCCUGGGUGCUCUCUCUCCCUGCCCCCCCCAGUAGUGUCCUGCAGGAGGACCUGCUGGACUGGCUGUGGUCUGAAAGGGGGCCUGUCCUUCAGCUGCAUCAAGUCCCUGAUGUGCCCUGUUCAGAAUUGGAGCCACUGAGGGCACUGAGGUUGUCUCCCCAUCUGCCCAAGCUCUCAGUAGCCAAAGCAAAGUGCUUGGGGGAUUUGUGCCUUUGAGGAAGCUGUGUUGUGUUUGGGUCUUCCUUAGCAGCUGCAGAGGGAGAGGCUUGUGCUCAAAAUAGAGUGAGAGCCCUCUAGGCCAGAGCUGCUAGGUUGGUCACUGGGCAGAAUGCUGGAUGCUGAUCUGUAGAUGAGGAAAGGUUGGAAGAAUGUGGCAUAUUUAGCCUGGAGCUUAGAGGGGAGCAUAAUAUAGCCAUCUUCCAAUACCUGAAGGGCUUCCAGGCAGAGGAGGGUAAAGGAGUUUCCUUUGCUGCCCAAGGGAGCAGGAUUUGAUUGAGUGUGCUGAGAGCACAAGCAAAAGAGUCCAUUUCAGGUGAACAUUAGGAGAAAUGGAUUGGCAGUAGGAGCUGUCCGACCAUGGAGCCUAUAGAGAGUCUGGGCUCUCCUUUGCUUAGAGGUCUUCAGACAGAGAGGCUGGGUGGCCACUCUGUUAUCUGCUGCAGGUAGGGAGGGUGUACUAGCCUCGGUUUCUAGGCCCCUUUAUUCUCAAAGAUCAAAUACGCUAGUUUGGCUUUUUUUUUUUAAAUGAAAAACAGGAACUUGAGGAACCUUGAGAUUUUACCACAGAAAGGGUGGUUUCCAAGCCUGCAACUUUAUUGCCUGAAAAGAUGCUGCUGCAUCAGUGAGAUUGUUCUGCCAUCCUGCAGCCUUGCAAGUAAGCUUUGAAAUAACUUGGGCAGAGUGGAAUAACCCUUUGGCGUCUCACUAGAUCUGUUGUCUGUAUUGCUAGAUCAGACCUGGCAAAAGAGGGUGCCUUGACCGUGCCUUCGGUGCUCUGACCUUUUGUAUUUAAGUAACUUAUCACAGGUAUAAGAUGGAGGCUGCUGUCCAGCUGCUGCUAUGAGAGGCAGUAGUUGCUCCAAACCAGCCUUUGAGUUGGUUGGUCUUGCAUGUAACUGGCCCCCAUUUUGCGCCUCACUCAGAGAGAGGCACUGCUCCUUUUGACCUUGGAUGCAUUCUCUCUCCUUCCCCCUUUACUUGGUUCUUGCUGUAAAGUUGAGCUGUGAUUAUGCAACUUGCUGUUUCCCUGGAGGCAUCGAGAACCUUGAAGUUCUUUAGAUUCCAAGAAACUCGGAGCAAUUUGGGCGGGUGUUUUCCAUCUGGUUCCAUUCAGUCUCUCCUCCCCCCCCCCACCCCUUCUGUGCCCCUUUACUGCCCGAGGGAAGGUCUGUUAAGUGAACUCCCAGAAAAAGGAAAGGAAGGAGAAUCCUUUGUGCUGGGGCCACAAGUGGCUCUUUAAAGAGCAUGUUUAAACUUGUGGGUUUCAUGGCUGGUGAGGCUCACAGCCUGUAGGGAUGCAUAAAGGAAUUAUGUGGAGCCCAAAAGGUACAGAUUUGGGUGGGGUAUGACCGAGGCCAGAUCACUCUGCAUGCUGGAGUCUUUGUCAGAACAGCUGGGAUGGGGGUUAGUCAGUGUAAGAGAGCUGCAAGCAUAACGUGAAGCUGGAAGGGCAGGUCUUGGGAAGCAAGGCUGAAAUAACUGGAUGUAUUUAGCCUGCCCUGGGUGCUGUCUCAUGCCAGAUUAGAACAUUGGUCCAUCUCGCUUUGUUGUUGUGUACACUGGCAGCAAAGGCUUUCCACGGUUUCAGAUGGAAGCCUUACCUAGCCCAUUCUGGAGAUGCUGCCAGGGAUUGAACCUGAGACCUUUUGGGACCAUGGUGCUAGAGCCCAUACCUAAAGAAGCCUGAUUAUCAGAGCCUGAACCAUGAAGCCUUUCCUUGGCAGAUAAGAGAUGUCUUUCCAGGGCAGGUAGUUGUAAGCCAGUGGGCCACAUUGUGACUGGUAGUGGUCCUGCUCUUCGCCUAUGCCCUGGUGGGGGAAAGCUUCAGCUGUUUUCCUCAAAACCUGUCUUGAGUGAAAGAGAAAAUACGUCUGUGCAUGUGGAUUUGACACAGGGUUGAACUAUUUCUUGCCACCUUCCUCUUCCCGCUACAGCAGCAUGUCAACCUGGGCCUCAUGUCGCUCCAUUCCUGACUGGUCCACUAAGUCCCUCUGCACCUUUACUGAAAUUGCUGAUCUUCCAACAAAAACAUGUAACUUGUCACUAAGAUCAGACUCCAUAUCUGAAGACUGGAAAAUGGCUAAUAUGACAACAAUUUUUGGAGAGAUCCACGUUGCAUUCUGGAAAUUACUAGGCCAGUUAGCUUAAUGUUUCUUCCGGAAGACUGGUGGAAAGUGUUAUUAAAGAUAAAAUAAGCAGGCAUAUAGAAGAAUAAGCCUUUGCUGAAGCAGAACCAGCAUGGCUUCUGCAAGGGUGAGCCCUGCCUCAUUAACACAUUUGAAUUAUUUUGAGAGUGCCAAUAAGCAUAUAGAUUAAGAUGACCCAGUCAAAAUAGUAUGCAUAGACUUUCAAAGUCUCAUGAAUCAAGUCUCAUGAGAAAGCUUAGCGGUCACGAAGUGAGAAGUGAGGUUCUUUUGCGAAUCAGAAACCAGCUAAGAAGCAGGAAGCAGAGAGCAGGAAUAAAUGAACAGUUCUUCCAUUGGAGGAAUGAACUGAUUGUGACUGACCAGGAACAAGAGCUUGGGAUCAUAGUGGAUAGCCCAGUGUGAGGCAGCUGUGAAAAUGGCAAAUUCCAUGCCAAGGAUCAUUAGGAAAGGAAUAAAAAUUAAAACUGCUUUUAUAUCACCAUUAUACAAAUUAUUGUGUGGCUGCACUUUGAAUACUGUGCACUGUUCUGGUCACCUCACCUCAAAAAGUUGUGGAAUUGGAAAAGAUUCAGAAAAGGGCAACCAGAAUGAUCAUGGGGAUGGAGAAACUUUCAUAUGAGGAAAGGUCACAGCUGUUAGGACUUUUUAGUUUAGAGAAAAUGCAAGUAAAAAGUGACAUGCUAGAAGUUUAUAAAAUGAUGCAUGGCAUCAUUUUAUAGAAAAAGGUUUUUCUCCCUCUCUAUGUCACUAGAAUUUAUAUAUCACUUAAUCACUAGUGUUUCUAAGCAGUGGAGUAAAAGAGAGAAUGAAACAAUAAAAAUCCAUAAUAAAACUGAUCCGUAUACCUUAAAAUGACUGCUUGGUUGACCUCUAUUUGAAAAGUUGUUUGGCAAAGGUAGUUCUGGUGUUUUGUACUGAUGACUCACCAUAUGAGCAGGUCAUCUCUCAUCUGGUCCACUUAUGGUCUCAUCACCACCGGUUGGUAAAUAGUCAUGGUCUUCUAGGAAACGGACAAAUUGAUUACUUUCUGCCUCCUCAGGUACUUAAAAUAAUAAUUUCUUUCACGAUGUACUAACUAGCUGAAGUUGAAUGUGCUGGUUGCUUUGACUGGCUUCUUUGAAAGGCUUGCAUCAGGGUGCUUGAGUAUUUGCACAGUUCUUUCCCAGGCAGUUGGGUGCGGUGGAAUAGCAUUGGGAGGCCACUCAGGCUUCCUGGUGGCAGAAUGGAAUGAAUGGGUCAGCUGGCCCAGUGAAGAAGGGAUCAGAGAAGCCUGUUUCUUCUCUGUUGCCUCUCCUAGGCCCAAAAUGCUGCUUGGCAAGUUUACAGCCUCAACUGCCACUCCCAGCCCCAGCCCGCUGUUCCUUACAGAGACUUCCAAGCUUGUUGCUGUUAUCACAUGUCUUUGGCAAAGCCACAGCACUGGCCACGGCAUAAAAUACAAGGCUUGCUAUAUGGUAACAAUGGGGCAUGUGGUGUCCUUCGUUUUAUUUCUAGGGCAAAAUAUGGCCUUGUACCUUUUCACAUUCCUGGGUCUGUGCUUGGCAGGCUCAGCAGAUUAGACAAGUAGAACCACCUCAUUCUACCCAGCAGGUGUUGCUGCGGCACCUUUCUAGAAAAACCUCUUCCAUCACCGUUGGCCUUGCUUGGUCUGUUCUCUGUAGUGCUUCAGUCAGUCAUGACACUUGCCUUCAUUUCUCCCCCCAGAUUUGAAGCUUCAUCUCCAGAGCACAGACUAUGGGAAUUUCCUUGCAAACGAAGCCUCUCCCCUCACUGUGUCUGUCAUUGAUGACAAGCUGAAGGAGAAGAUGGUGGUGGAGUUCCGCCACAUGAGAAAUCACGCCUAUGAACCUUUGGCCAGCUUCCUGGACUUCAUCACGUAAGAGCCAGCAGCGGGCACGUGCAAUGGGGCAAAGUGUUGGUUCCCUUGAGAAGCUGUAGUGUCUGUCCCUACAUCUGUGUGACUUCUGUGGUCUCUCCUGCCAAGCAAUCUGACCCGACCAGCUUGGCUUAAAAAAUGUUUUAUGAGCAGUGAUCCUGGACAGUGUAGUCCAUGCUCUGGGAACUGAGGCUAGAUUAAUCCUGUGUACUCUAACUGGGGCUGCCUUUGAAGAUGGCUCAACAGGUCCAGAACACAGCAACCAGAUUAAUGAUUGGAGUUCUAUUUGCAAUUCACAUCACCCCUCAUUUAAAACAGCUGCAUUGGUUGCUAGUUUAUUCCUGGUCCAAUUCAGAGUGCCCAUGAGAGUAUUUAAAGCCCUAAGCAACUAAGGCCCCUAAUACCUGAAGGGCUGUCUUUUCCCCUCGUAGCCAAUGAAGUUAAUCCGAGGUGCAGUUAUGGCUAAUUGAAACUCUCGGUUGCUAUGAUUGGCAGAUGAUGCCUUCUGAUAGUUCUCCUGAUAGUUCUGGUGCCCUUGGAAGUUCAAGGAGUGGUGACCUCAAUGGGGACCUUCUCUGUUUCAGUCCCUAAGCUGUGGAAUCCCCCCCCCCCCGGUGUGUGGCACCUUCAUUGCUUACCUUUCCUCAUAUGCUGAAGAAACACCUCCUUACCCUGGCCUUUGACACCUGACAUGUUUCUUAGCAUCCACCAUAUUUUUCUGAUAGUGAAUUAUUUUAACUGGUUCUAAUACCAUAUUUUUGUAUUGUAACUGCCGCCGGACUUCAUGGUGAAGGUCAGGUUAAUAAUAAUAAUAAUACAGCAACCCUUUAGCUUCACUUUAGAUUUUGGUUUCCACAUUAAAGUAGGGAAGCUACUUCAAGGUGGAAGAGGGUCUUUCACAGCUGGUUUUCCUUCUGAGGGACUGACUGGAUCAUUGCUUUCUACUUGCCAUUCUAUGAGCCUGGUUAGCAUAUGUGAUUAAUAUCUCACACCUUGUUGGGUUUCUUAAUGAGCCAUGAUCCAAAAGAGAUAUUUUGACCAAUGACAGAUGCCUGUGGAGGGAGGGAAAGGGGCCUAUAGUGCAUCCUCCAUAGAUGGAGGAGAAAGAAGCUCUUUCAUCACCUAGGUGGCUUUGCGGAGGCAGCUUAGCUGCUGAAAUAUUGAAAAGGGUAUUGAAGCACACCAAGAGCCACAUGUAGCAGGAUCAAAAGAGCCAGCUGGCAAGUGGCCCUGGUGGCUUUGUUUUCUAAGGAGUCCAGUCUGCCUGGGCAAAUGCCCAGAAAGAGCUUGCUGAAUUGGCCAAAGGCUCUUCAGGGUAGGCAGAGAGAAAGAAGAAGAUGGCUGGGUGAAAUAUACAACUUAGGCGGGGAAAGGGAUAGAGAAUUUGAGGGAACUUGCCUUUCUUCUGCUCCUCCUUGGAUCUUGAUUUUGGGAAAUUCUUGUUCUGAGCUAUUUGCGAACUGUGGUAUGUGGCCUACCAGUGAGGUUCACUUGCUGUUGGAGGUUUAUGGAAUUAAAAGUAGAAUACAGCAAAGUACAACAUAAGAAGCAAUAAAAAUACAAUUAAAAACCAGGCAGGCAGAAGAAUCAUAGCAUAGUUUGCCAAGACCCACAGCAAUUUUCAAGUGGUCCAUGGUGGGGAAACAUUUGGGAGCCACUGCUUUAAAAAGUUUUACAGGUGGAUAGUUCAAGGCUGGAAAUGUGAGAAGAUCCAGUGUCUGCUCUUAAGGCUAGACCAAAAAAACCCCCCUAAACCUGAGCCUGGUCUCAGCAUCUCUGAAGAAAACUGGAGCUCAUCUCUGCGGAAGCUUGGAAACAUUGCCUGUUCUGUCUAGAACUCUGGUCCUGGUGCUCUCACUCCUGCCUUGGGCGUGGCAAAGAAGCGGAGAUCCUUUCCUGGGCCUCUUGGUGUGAGUGAUUGUGCACUCUGGCUUCAGAACACGGUCUGCUUGUUGGCUUCCGCUGCAGGAUUUGGCUGAGUGCUCUGACUCUUGAGUGCUUCUGGUGCAGUCUUGAUCCAUCCAGUUUUUUAAUUACCAGCGGGGAUUAUAAGAGCUUGCUCCUAGGAGAUGGUGCCUUGUUUGGAAUCCUUUUUUAUGGUGGCUUUGCCUUGAAAGACCUAGUAAAACAAAUGUCACUCAGAUAAAAGUUUUUUUAUGGCUUCCUGAGGAGAUGGAGAACAUGCAAGCCUCCCAUGCUGAAGUAGUCCCCCUCCCCCCCCCCCCCCCGUCUCUGUUGAUCUUGACUAGAGAGAGGCCUGUGUGCCUCUGCCAAAGACCUUGGUCUGUCCUCUGGGUGGGGCUCUUUGGCCCAGCAGGGCAUGUCAUUUCAGGCGGUCAAACUUAAUUUCUUCAAAUUUCUUCAGUGAAAAAACAUGCUUUGCAGCUUGAGGAAUUCCAAUCUGGUAUUUUUCUGAUUGGACAACAUUUAGCCUGGUAAGUCUACUUUUGACGAAGAAGCACAUUAACUGCUUUUGGAAAACCAAAGUAUUUUAAUUUUACCUUCAGGUAAUGCUAAAUAAUACAAAUAUUAAUGAUAACAUUAAUAUGUAAUAUAACUGCAAGUACUUGGCAAUCAUUUUUUGAUGAUUUCUGUGCAAUUGUAUACACAUUCUGUUUCCCAAACAAAACUAAAUUAUAUUAAUUUAGCCAAAAUAUAUUUUGAACUCCCAAGUCAUGUUACAACUUUUUAGCACCACUCACUUUUAGAAUUUGAAAGUUGAAAAAGUCAACACACCCUAUAAAAUGGUCCAAGUUUACAGCAUUGAGCAGCAGAGCAUCUCCUGCACCGCUGUACCAGGAGACAUCUAAGCCAGCGGUGUGGCAUCUCUGUGCCUGCAACAAAGGCUGCUGUGGGAUACUGCCACCUCCUCCUCCUCCCCUUUGGCAGUGGCAGGGGAGUUUUCUGCAGGCAGCAGCACUAGGUAUAGGAGUGGAGGCUUUUUACAGCAUUGUAGCAGCAGCACCCCUUUUGGGCACAUGGUGCUCUGCCUGCCCCUCUUUGCUGCAGCAGACAUUUCCAACCAUGAGGACUUCACUGCUUAGAAAUAAAAAGCAAGGGGAAAAGAUUCUCAUGGAGCCUAAUAGAUGGAGGGAAGAUUCUGCCCUUCUGCUCCUCCGUCUCUCUUAAAUAGGGGAUCAGGGACUGCGUUUGGGCUGCACCACUUCAGCUUGCAAGGGGGGUUCAUUUUAUUGAAUUUCCAUGCAAGGAAUUCAUUUUGCAUAGGGAAGGACCAUAUCUAUGAACAAGAGCGCUGAAGCUGGAUCAGGCCAAAGGGUGGCUAUCUAGUUCAGCCUCCUGCUCUCACAGUGGCCAGGCAGAAGUCCCAAGGGAAAGCCUGCAAGUAGGAUGUGAGCACAUCAGCAACACUUUCUCGCCUUGCAAUAGAGCAUAGCCACCUUGGCUAGUAACCAUUCACAGAGGAUGAGGCUCACCCAAUUUUAAAGUUGUCCAUGUUGGUGGCAAACACACCAUAUCUUGUGGGAAAAGAUGCACGUCCUUCGGCUGGGUUGGCAAUCCAAGAGUAACCUGCAAGCUGCUCCAUGUUUUGCUCAUGGUGCAAAGCUAGUCAGAGCCUCUCUAUGGGGCUUUCUGUGUUGGCUGUGGCUGAGCCUUGCCAUUCUCUCUUACCAGUGGAAGCACUGCUGGCUCCUGCCACCUGGGCAGCUGGCCAUGUUGCACAACACUAUGCAAAAGGGAACACCUCCCUGCAACUAUUGGUUCUUCUCCUCAAUGCAAACUGGCUGCCGGCCACCUCCCAGCACUCCCCAGCUCCUGGCAGUUUUGCUGAAAGGGUUGUUUGAGGCAUGUUGCAAGGAAGGAGAAGGAAUUAAGUGUACCUGCAGGAUGGAAACCACUUCCUGAAUCUGGCCGGGGUGUUUUGACUUGUGGGCUGGGACGAUUUCCCAGCUUCCCUCUUAUCAUCCCUUGUUCUCAGUGAUCCAAGGGGAAGGAGCAGCUGCCUCAGUUUGCUUUCCUUGCUGCCUUUGAUCGUUCUGCUUUGGUCAGCUGACUCCACGCCAUCGUUCAGCAGCAGGCCUGCUCCGUUUGUGCUGGAGGCAUUUGUAAGGUGAUGGACUAUGUGCUGCAGUGGCCCUGCUUUGAGAAACACUUUGAUGUUCCUGUUUGGGUGUGUUCUGCUCUGUGUGCUGUAGGCAGGCCUCGCUGAGCUUUAUUAGUGCCAGACCCGAGGACCACUUAAAUCUACUUGAAGAGCUUCAGGCUUGUGUCCUAAUGAAUUGCGGCCUCUUUGUCUGAUUUGCGUUUGUCAGAAGGAUCUUGGGGUUUUAGUACACCACAAACCAAGCAUGAGCUGGCAGAGCAACACAGCAGAAAGAAAGUGACAAAGGCUAUUUACUACAAAAACAACCUGUAAACAGAUAAAAACAUCAGCAGGAUUAUUGUAAUAACCUGCAGUUUUACAAGGUACAGUGGUACCUUGAGUUACAAAUGCCUCAGGUUACAAAGGCUUCAGGUUGUAAACUCCGCUAACCUUAAAGAGUUACCUCAAGUUGAGAACUUUGCCCCAGGAUGAGAACAGAAAUCGUGUGCUGGCGGUGCAGCAGCAGCAAGAGGCCCCAUUAGCGAAAGUACGCCUCUAGUUAAGAACAGUUUCAGGUUAAGAACGGACCUCCAGAACAAAUUAAGUUCGUAACUAGAGGUACCACUGUAUAUAUUUAAAGUAGAUGAAUAAAUGAACAAAUUAAGAUAAUUUGGAUAUGCAUAAAAUAUUAAAAAUAAAAAUAAAUGUAAGGAACCAUAGAAAGUGGGGGAAGGGAGUCAACCUGGACCACUUUCUCUCUUGGGUGCUGCCUUUUUAGAAGGAGAGCAACAAACUCGUGAAGGGUGACAAAGAUGGAGAGGAAGUCCUAUGAGGCUGGCAGAUUCUUGUUUAGUCCAGAGAAGACGUGGCACAACAGCCACCUUCAGAUAUUUUAGAGAGAUGCCAUAUAGAUGAUAGAGUAGGUUUGACGUCUGUUGCUGCAGCAGCUGGGGCCAAACGGAACAGUGGCAUGAAAGAGAAUUUUGGCUAAACAGCUGUUUUGGCAGUGGGGGGGGGGAGGCAGCCUGGGACAGAAGGGCACGGGCUCCGUUUCCUUAGAGGCUUUUUGGCAGAGCCUGGAUGGCCACCAGUGAAGGGUUCUGAUGAAGUAGGUGGCCUCUGAGGUUCCUUUCCAACUCUGAUAAUAGGAUUUGCAAUACCUGAUUUCAUUAUUGGACCAAUAGUGUAUGUGAAAUCGCUUGUAAACUGCUCUUGAAUUUGCAGAUGAAAAGGAAUUAAACAGGUGCAGGCAGCUCCCUUUUGCAAUACCCGUGUCUUCAGUCUGCCGUUUUGCCCCCCACCCCACCUCUAGCCAUGAGGCCUCAGUGAAGUCUACUUCAGUGAAGGCAAAGAGUUCAUAUUCCCCACUUGGCUGGUCAUAGCAGUUGUCUUUUUUACUUCCUUUCAGGUACAGCUACAUGAUUGACAACGUAAUCCUCCUGAUCACUGGGACACUGCAUCAACGCUCCAUUGCUGAGCUGGUGCCCAAAUGCCACCCCCUGGGGAGUUUUGAGCAGAUGGAGGCGGUGAACAUUGCCCAAACCCCUGCCGAACUGUACAACGCCAUUUUGGUCGACACACCCCUAGGUGAGGAAGAGUUUGCAGAGUUUCAGGGGCUUUGCUCUUCCGCAGGGGAAUGUAUUUAAAGGGAGACCCAAAAUUAUUGGGGGUUCUUGACAUGAAGGGUUCCUGUAGUGGUGUUUUAACACACAAUAUUAGCCAUUGUCUACAGUUUGGUAACUGCAGGAAAUCCUUCUGGGCUCUUUGACUGACUGACUGACUUGAAAGCUCAAUGUGAAAAUCACUGACUCCUUACCUUUGAGGGCCAGUGGAAGAGGAGGAGGAUCUCCUCCUGAUUUGCCUUGACCACACAGAACUUGAAACUCUGCUGGCCAGGGAGUCUGGGUGGGAGGUGGCUCUCCUUCCCUGGCCCUUCAGCUGGGCUCACCCUUCUCCCUUCCUUACAGCUGCCUUUUUCCAAGACUGCAUAUCUGAGCAGGACCUUGAUGAAAUGAACAUUGAAAUUAUCCGUAACACACUUUAUAAGGUAAGCACUCAGUUGCUACUUUCCUCAAAUAAGAACCUUGUAAAUUGAUGAUGAUUGUCUGAGGCCAUUAAAUGCAUUUUUGGAGUUUUCUUGCUUCAGAUGCUUUCCAUGCAUGCAAUUGAAUAUUGCUGUUUGGUUUUAAUUCUUUUAUAUCUAAGGUUAUUGACAAUUAUAUUCAGGGGGUGACGACUUUGGUUUUAAUUCUGUGUGUUUUUGCCAUGAGAUUUUCAGAUGAAGGGCAAAUUAUGAGCAUGGUAAUUAAUAAAUAAAUGCCAAGUCGAUUGGCUGUUGCUGCUGAGCCAAGAGCCACUUGCAGCUGCCCUUGCUGACAGAAAGGUCUGUUUGUCCCACCCAAGGCCCCUCCCUCUCAGUGCUUCCUUCUGCCUAGCAGGACUUGGUGGGGGUCUCCAAGCCCCCCAAGUUAAUGAGUCACUGAGCUUUGGUGCAUGCCAAGCUGUUUCUGAAUUAGUGAUUAUCCUUCCUGUAGGAUUUUAGUACAGCACUGUCACUGCCCUGACACAAUCACUAACACGGUUGGCUGGAGCCAGGUGGGGUGGAGGGGAAUGGUUGGCACCUAACCUCAGGGCGUGUCCCUGCUGGGCUGUGAGCAGCCUGCCUGCCACAGCUCUUCCGGCUGGCACCGUCUGGUUUGAGGUGGAUCAGUCUGCUCCGCAGUCAGAAGGUUUGCUCUUGGUGUGUAAAUGUUUGGGGGGGGCAGUGAUGCUGCUGUGGUUGCGUGACUAUCGCUCCAUCUCACAUGCCUGGCAACAGAGGGUGCCUGGAUUGCAGCUGCCCUCCUAGAUCCCACUGGUCCUAACUAGCUACAGGUAGAUCCAUGUCUGCAGGGGGAGAGCCAAGGAUUACAUGAGACACCCAGAGUGUUAAAGGGCAGGUGAGGAAAAGGAUGUUUGCAGAGAGCUGCUAUCCAAGCAAGCAAAGAGGCUGUGUUAACUGCUGGGCUCCUGCUUGGGACCUUACACACAGCAGAGAGUCCUGGCUGUCAUGCAUUGACACAAGGAUGGGUAGUGAAUCCCCCCAAGAGGCUGUCUGAGGUUCGCAUUGCCAGCGCACCCAGGGGUGUUGGGAGCUGGAUUCUAGCAAUGUCUGGGCACCUGUCACUCACCCACAAAGGGUCCCUGUCUCUACACCAAGAGAGUGGAAUUUGGGUGCUGGUCAGGCCCCCCUGGAAUCCUGUGUCCAAUUCAGGGCACCUCAGUUUUAGAAGGACAUGACUGACUUUUAUUCAUAUUUCUACUCUGUCCUUCACCAUGCUAAAUACACAACAAAUUAAAACAACAUAUAAUGCAAAGCUUCAGUUAAACAGCUGUUGGAAAUAAUACCGCUAAAAAUGGUGGAACAUUCCCUUCUUUAUCCUCCACCCUCAAAGAAGGACCUCCUGGGCAACACAAGGCACUUCAUAUAAAUAAAUCAUAGAACCAUGGAAUUGCAGAGUUGGAAGGGACCACAAGGGUCAUCUAGUUCAACCCUCUGCAGUGCAGGAAUGUUUUGUCCAUAAUCCUGAGGUUGAGUCUUGUGCUCUACCAACUGGACUGGUCCGUGGAAGAUGUACAGGAGACAGAUUCUGAGUCUCUUCUGAAGAGGGUGGUGUGGAUUCAGUGGGGGUGAUGGUCUGGGAGAGUCCUGUGAGGGUUAGUUGAAAGAGCUGUUGAGCAUGUUGAUCCUGGAGAAAUGAAGAUUACAGGGAGACACAAGGAAGGGAGUCUCCAAAGGGCUCUGAAGUCUGUGAGAAAGUGGAGCAGGCUUCUUUCUUUCUCUUGCUCUACAGCAGGGUGGGGUGGCUAAACCCCAGUCUGAGGCCUGAUCCAGCCCAUGGCCAAUUUUCCUACCCCCCCCCACAGCCCACAAUUUGACAGCAGUAGGAAAAAGAAAAAAUAGACACACAGUGCUUCAGUGGGGGAUGCUGUGCCCUAUUUUUUUGUUUUUGUUUUGCUUGCAGGGAGUCAUCAGAUUGACAAGUAAAGAGAGGGUGAUAACUCCCCCUUCUCAGCUGAUACUGUGUGUGUGUGUGUGUGUGUGUGUGUGUGUGUAAGUAAAUGAGGGUGUUGGGUGGCUAUGCCCACCCUGGCACAUGCAGACUCCAAAAGGUAGCCAGAGGGUGAAUAUGGUCCUCUUGUUCAUCUCUCUUGCUCUAAAUGGCAGGCCUAGAACUAACAGGUGGCAACAGCAAAGAGGUGGAUUUCCUUGAAAUGUGUUGAGUCACUUGCUGCUGUUUGACUGUGGCGCAGGAGGUAGAGGACUCUCUUCCACUGGUGAAGCACUGUGUAUGUUCCAUACCCAUAAACAACUCCUCCUCCUCCAACGAUAGAAGGGAGCCUCAGAUGGGCCGUUUCCUGCUUGCUGCAUGAAAUGGAUUUGUGCAAAGGAGUGGCACUUAAUUCCUCAGUUUCUCCCUGUGCCAUGCAGUGUUGUCAAGUCCAACACAGAUGUGGCGGCUGUUUUGGUCCAGUAGCCUCCUACUUGUCCAGUAAAGGGAGAAAGUAAGGGAGGCACUGGGGUAACUUACGUUAGGCAGCUGCUGCUGAGGCUUCUCCAUUUUGUCUCUGCACUGGAUGGACUCUUGGGUUGGGUGGAAGAUGCUCUGGAUUCCUGUCCCUACAGCAUUUCUCCUUCAAAAACACUGAUGAAACAGCAGGGGUAGGGCAGAGGCCAAGGAGCUGCCCCUCUCCUUGGUUGCACCUUCACCAUUUGGUACCUCCUGUGUGCAGAGCAGCCCUUGUUCCUCCUUGUUGAUGUGACUGUGUUCUUCUUGGGCUCUGACAGGCUCACUGACUCUUCUUGUGUCGCUUUGGUCCCUCCCAGGCUUACCUUGAGUCUUUCUACAAGUUCUGCAAAAUCCUGGGCGGCACAACAGCUGAUGCCAUGUGCCCCAUCUUGGAGGUAGGAGCCAGCUGGCAGCCCCCUUGCCUGCUUUUGUGUGGGGCCAGCCAGCAGAGAAACUCCUGCCGCCCCUGGAGUGAGCAUUGCCUGUCUCUCUACCUUCUGCCACAGCCCAGCCAAGAAUUCCCGCUUCAGUGCUUUCAAAAGGCUGUUCUGUCCCUUUUGGGAGGGGUCUGCCAAAGUUGCAACUGAAGCCUUUUCUGGAAGCUAUCAGGGCUCUUAAUUUGGCCACAGCAGGGAUAUAUUUGAGUUGAACUCUUCCUCCUUUCACCAUCCCUUGCUUCUUUACUUACCGUAUUUUGCGCUCCAUAGGACGCUCCGGCCCAUAGGACGCACCUAGUUUUUUGGGGGGGAAAUAAAGAAAAAAAAAUUUAUUUCCCCCCCAGGUGCGGGGCUGGAAGAACUAGGUCGGGGAACAGCGGGAAGGUGCGCUCUGCCUCCCCGCUGUCCCCCGAGCUUGUGGGGCUGGCGAUGGGGAGAAGUGCGCUGAUCCUGGGACUGCAGGCAGCUCUGCGCGGCCAUCCGGAGCGGGGCGGGACUUCGCGCCCGGCUCCCGGUGGCCACGCAGAGCUGCGCUGAUCCCGGGACUGCAGGCAGCUCUGCGCGGCCAUCCGGAGCGGGGCGGGACUUCGCGCCCGGCUCCCGGUGGCCACGCAGAGCUGCGCUGAUCCCGGGACUGCAGGCAGCUCUGCGCGGCCAUCCGGAGCGGUGCGGGACUACGCGCCCGGCCCCCGGUGGCCGCGCAGCGCUGCGCUGAUCCGGGGAGUGCAGGCUGCGCGGCGCGGCCAUCCGGAGCGGGACUUCGCACCCGGCUCCCGGUGGCCGCGCAGAGCUGCGCUGAGCCCGGGACUGCAGGCAUCUCUGCGCAACCCUCGGAGCCGGUCUCCCGAGGGUUGCGCAGAGCUCCUGAAGCCUGGAGAGCGAGAGGGUCAGUGCGCACCGACCCCUCUCGCUCUCCAGGCUUCAGCGAAGCCUGCAUUCGCCCCAUAGGACGCACACACAUUUCCCCUUCAUUUUUGGAGGGGAAAAAGUGCGUCCUAUAGGGCGAAAAAUACGGUAAUAUAUAUGACUGCCCCCCCCCAAUUUAAGGAUACAUUAGAAACUUUUAAAGAAGCUGGUCAGAUCCCUUGUUUCCUGCAGACAAAAAGUUGGUAGGAGGGGAUGCAGCCUUGCUGGGAGCCCUGGAGGUCUUGCUGGCCUCUGCUGCCCGCUUUGGGGGGGGCAGUGCUGGUGCUGGGCCCCUGCUGCCCUUUCUAACACUGCUAACCUGCCCGUCUCUUUCCUUGCAGUUUGAAGCUGACCGAAGAGCCUUCAUCAUCACCAUCAACUCCUUUGGCACAGAGCUGUCCAAGGAAGAUCGCGCAAAGCUCUUCCCCCACUGUGGAAAGCUCUAUCCAGAGGGCCUGGCUCAGCUGGCCAGGGCAGAUGACUACGAGCAAGUCAAGGCAGUGGCUGACUACUACCCUGUAAGCUUCCUGCCUCUGAGCUGGGCCUGGAGCAGGGGAGGAGGAGGACAAUGUACAGUGUAGUAUUUGGGGGUGGGCAGGCAUGUUUUGUUUCUGGGGCGAUCACGUGGUUGUUCAGUCCUCACCUAGCUGUCAGCAGCAGGCUGUGGCUUCAGUGAUUAGGCUAUUAACCCGGAACAUUUUGGAGCUUUGAAAAUGGGGAUAAAUCUCCCUCCUUGUGUCACUCUCCACAUUUUUGUCACACUCCUCCUUCCUUGUAUCCCAUAAAAGGGUAGACCAGAGCAGCUUAUAGCAUGACCUUCCCAGGGGCUGCUCUCUGCCAGGGGUGGUGAGUCUGAAAAGUCCACUUUCUUUUGUCAUUAGUACUGCACUUUCCUAGCUUUCAAGCUACAGUAUCGUAUCUCUCCCCCCGCCCCCAGCAAGCCUAGUGCUUUAACCUUCACUACUGAUGGAGGAGCAACACCUCCCCCCAUCAAAGCUCCAUAUUUGUGUCAACUUCUAAUGAACUUGACCUUCAAAACUUGCUAAUUUUUCAGAUGCUUUUCAGUGUAACACCCCCCCCCCCCAGCCCUGGUGUGUCCCUCCCUCCCUCCCUCCCUCUCUAUCCCUCCUCCUCUCUUUAGCUGCAGGGCUCUUCUUUCCCUUUUCCUGCAGCCACUUCAUGCAUGGUGGUGUUGCUGCCUUGCUACUUCUUGUGCUUUUUAAAGUCACACACCCCACCCCAGGAUCCACCCUCCCUUCAGCUUUCUUCUCUGGCUCCAGUAGGGAGCAGUGAUGGCAUUCUGAGCUUGUUUCAUUUCAUGCUUGUCGAAAGGCUGAUCCCUUGCUUGACUCGUCUUGUAGCAGCUUUUCUCCCCCACAGGAAUAUAAGCUGCUGUUUGAAGGAGCUGGUUUAAAAAAAAAAAAAAAAUGUUUAUUAAGAGUUUAGAAAUUACAGAAAGAAGAAAAAAAGUUAAGCAAAGCAAAACAAUACAAUACAAUACAUAUAAAACAGAAAAUACUACUUAUUUUAACAAAACAAAAACAGAAACAAUUAAAAACGCAUCCAAUAUUUCCAUAUCUUAUCUUUCAUUUACUUGUUUCAACGACCUCCUCACACCUCCCUUUUUUGUAUUCUAGUUCAGUUAGCUAUUUCAGCAAAUCCUUUCCAUCUUUCUCAGUUUUUGUCCCAUAAUUUAUCUUAACACAAUCUAACCUUAUUCCCCCCCCCCCUUUAGCCCAUUAACAGUCUAUUUUUACUUAAUUCUUUAUAACAUUCCCCCACAGGAAUAUAAGCUGCUGUUUGAAGGAGCUGGUAGCAACCCAGGGGACAAGACUCUUGAGGACCGAUUCUUUGAGCAUGAGGUGAGCAGGCUUCCCUUGCUUAUCAGGUGCCUUGAUUGCACUACAAGCUCAACUAGCCCCGUGAACUAGCGUUUGGAGACUCUUUACCCUGAUGAUUCACUUCCCCAGCGUGAGGCCAGCAAAGAGUCUCUCUUGAAAGCUUCCCCAACACAUCCACUGUUGCAUUUAUUUCUGCCUUGUAUGCAUUUGUCCCAAGCCAGCCAGCUACUUUGCAGCUGCUAGCGCUGUCCUUGGCAGCCAAGAGGAAGCUGACAGCAGGGAGCACCUCUCCCCCCACCCCAACUGAGUCAGAGUGUGGAAGGAAACAGCCGCUACCAAUACCAACCAGGGCUAGGCCACUCUGAGAUCGCUGGGCCUGGUCCCUGCCUUAUCUGAAUGCCGCAGGUCUGGUGGGUAAGGCACCGUUAUGCCAAGGAGGCAUUUAUUCUGUCUUGACUUGCUGAGAUCAGACAAGCAUGAAUGGCCGUGGGGCUGACAAAGAGCCCAGAAGCCUGAGCACUCUGUGGAGGAGCCACAGCCCUCUGGCUUUGCUGCUGACCUCCUCUGGUCCUCAUCCACUGAGAGCUUUUGAGGUCAAAACCAGCCCUUGAAAUUGUGCCUGGGAACCAGCAAAGAUGAUGCAUCUCCCAGUCCCAGGAUCAUAAUUUUGCUGCCCUACUUUCACCAACUGCAGUUUCCCAAUUGUCCUUUAAAGCAGCCCCAAGCACUGAGGGUUGUACUGGGCAAGGCAUGAACCAGCAUGCAGCACAGAUGACAGUGGCCAAGCACUCAUAUGUCUAGGAGAGGCUUCUGUUAGCCCAUCAGACUAAGCUGGUGUGAAUGUGUCCAGGGGUGUUCUGUACUCUGUAUUCUUCUCACCAGCUAAUUUCCCCUUGCAGAGACACAGAGCAGGUUCCUGGGGCCAGCUUGGAUCCUGUCUGUGGGCCCCUUUCUCCACACGAAGCCAGAGGGGAGAGUGGUGUGACUUUCCUCCUAGCUGGCUGGGUGUUGCUGUGAAAUGCUUGCACGGAAAGAGCGGCUGGCAGGACUGUGUUUGCUCACCUGGUAUCUGCUCUCAAUAGGUGAAGCUGAACAAGCUGGCUUUCCUGAACCAGUUCCACUUCGGUGUCUUCUAUGCUUUUGUGAAGCUGAAGGAGCAAGAGUGCCGCAACAUCGUCUGGAUUGCGGAGUGCAUCGCCCAGCGCCACCGGGCAAAGAUAGACAAUUACAUCCCCAUCUUCUAA